AACCCCCUGCCAAUCGCCCGCAGCUAUCAGAGCUCACGGGCAAGUUUUUCGCCAGAGGAAACAAAGGAUUUUCGUCGCACCGUACAGAAUCGAGAUGGUCGCGGCCGAAUCAUGACCGAUUGGCGGCAUGUUCUCACGAGUCACAGCGGGGAGGAGAUGCCCUCAUCUAUCGCCUCGAUUAGCCGGGCGCGUGGGCGGCGCCAGCAGUAGCCAUGGCCUAUCUCUCCCAUCCGACCCCUCCCCGCGCGGCGGGCCCCUCGCGCAGCUCUGGCGGCGGCGCUGCUCGUCGGACGCGGGGGCGCCGGCGGACGGGACGGGAGCGGCGCCGGACCACCGGCAGAUAGGCGUGCGGCAGGGGCUGUUCGCGACGUCACCGUACAGUCCGGGGUCGCCGAUCCUGCUGCCGAGCGGGGCGCUGGUGUUCAACCGGCUGGUGGGGUUCCUGCGGCGGCAGUACGUGCGGUACGGGUUCUCGGAGGUGAUCACGCCGACGAUCUACAAGAAGGCGCUGUGGCGGCGCUCGGGGCACCUCGACAACUACGCCGAGGACAUGUACACGGUGACGCCGGGGGGCGGGGCUACCACCACCGCCGCCGCCGCCGCCGCGGACAACGAAAACGAAAACGACGACGCCGACGACGACGACGACGCCGCGUACGGCCUCAAGCCCAUGAACUGCCCCGGCCACUGCCUCAUCUUCGCGCACGAGCGGCGCAGCUACCGCGAGCUGCCGGUGCGGUACGCGGACUUCUCGCCGCUGCACCGCAACGAGGCGUCGGGGGCGCUGAGCGGGCUGACGCGGGUGCGGCGCUUCCACCAGGACGACGGGCACAUCUUCUGCCGGCCGGCGCAGAUCGAGGGCGAGAUCGCGCGCACGCUCGACUUCGUGCGCGUCGUGUACGCGACGCUGGGGCUCGGGCCGUACCGGCUCGCGCUGUCGACGCGGCCGGCCGACGGCCGGCACCUCGGCGACGCCGCCGAGUGGGACCACGCCGAGGCCGCGCUGCGCCGCGCGCUCGACGCCUCCGGCCGCCCCUGGGCCCUCCGCCCCGGCGACGGCGCCUUCUACGGCCCCAAGAUCGACGUCGUCCUCCGCGACUCCGACGCCAAGGACCACCAGACCGCCACCGUCCAGCUCGACUUCCAGCUCCCCAAGCGCUUCGGCCUCGCCUACCUCGCCCCCGCCCCCGCCUUCGAGCGCCGCGGCCAGACCACCACCGACCCCGACGAGCUCGCCCGGUCCGGCCUCGUCACCCCCGUCCUGAUCCACCGCGCCGUUCUCGGGUCCGUCGAGCGCCUGAUGGCGCUGCUCAUCGAGCACUACAACGGCAAGUGGCCGUUCUGGUUAAACCCGAAGCAGGUAAUCAUAGUCACGGUCAAUGAUAGCGAGCCGGUGGUGGGGCUGGCGAGGACCGCCCAGGACAUUCUUACGGGGCGGGACGGGCCGGCAGACGCGCCGGUCUCGAACCUGUCGCACUUAGUGGUGGACAUUGACGAUCGCGGCAUCAGCCUGGGGCUCAAGGUGCGCGAGGCCAAGACGAAGGGCUACGGGGUCAUCGUAACCGUCGGCCCGAGGCAGGUGCCGAACGGCACAGUCACGGCCGACCUGUCGAGGCUAGGAGGCGGCGGGGAUGCGGGCGCGAAAGAAGAGAUGACACCUCAAGAAUUGCUUGCGCUCCUCAAGGCUAAAGCUGACUCGUAUCAAUGACGAAGAGAUAUACACAGAAUCCGCCCAUAAUCUCGCCCCCUUUUUUUUUCUCGCUUCGCUUCCUAUAGCGGGUAUCGCAGAUUUCUAGCUAGAGAGAGAAAAAAACAAAAAAGGGAGACGCGAGAGAAUACAGACGCAUAAAAAGACAAGAAUUUACGUCUGCUUAGUCUUCGUUAUCGUUCGAAUCGUGACCUCCAUCCUGUGCCCUCUGCCGGUCCCGCUCCUCCAGUUUCUCGAGGAUCUUCAGGGGCCUAGAAGAAGAAAAGCAGCGGGCGAUAGUCAGCAUAGGCGCAGCGCCGAGGUGGGGGCGAGUAAGGUCGUGGUGCGGAUCCGAGGGAUGGGGCAGUCUACCCUCCUGCCGCUGCAGACUUGGAGGGAAGGGUGGGGGGA